AUGGGGGACGAGACCCUCCCGAGGCAACGGGAGCAGCUGGGAGGGGGCAGCUGUGGGGACCCGACCUUCCCGGGACACGUGGCAGGGGGGACACCUGACCCUCCCAGGACACGGGGUAGGGGGGGAACCAGCCUCAGGAGAGCAGUGGGGAGACUGGAUGGUCAUGGGGGCACUGGGAGCACCCGUGGGGACCUGCUGAAGGGGUCUGGCCCGCCUGGCUCCGUGCGGUACGUGCAGCGCAGCCGGAUCUCCCCGGAGCCGCGGGGCUCACUGGCUCUUCCCCCGCAGUCCCUGAUGGAUGCGCAGAACUCGCGAAUCGAGGAGCUCUUGCAGAAGAUCAAGCAGCAGCAGUACAAGCUGGACAAGCAGAAUCUGCAGAUUAAAAGUCUGCAGAGCAAGGUCAAUCUACUGAUCCCCUUGCACCUGAAGACGCGGUCUCCCAGGUGAAAGAUGAACCUGAAGAAGAGCCCCAGCCUCUCCAACCAGAGCCAGAACGCCAGCGGGGAGCCCGUGCUGACACAGAAGCUCCCGGAGGAUUGCCACCAGCUCUUCCUGGCCGGCCAGCAAAGCAGUUGCAUUUUCCAGGUGCAGCCUGCAGGGUCUCAGCCCUUCAAAGUCUACUGCGACAUGACGGCAGAAGGUGGCUGGACAGUGAUCCAGAGGCGCACAGAUGGCUCUGUGGACUUCGACCAGCUUUGGGAUGCCUACAAGAACGGCUUUGGAGACCUUCGUGGUGACUUCUGGCUGGGCCUGGAGAAGAUACAUCACCUUGUCCAAGAGGGAAGGUACGAUCUCCUGAUCGAGCUGGAAGACUGGGAGGGAAAUUCCCAGGUGGUUCAGUUUGUUUUCAGCCUUGGCAGCGAGAGCACAGCCUACACGCUCAACCUUCUGGGACCUCUGUCUGGAGAGCUGGAAAAUGCCAUCGGGGACUUCAGGCAGCUGCCCUUCUCCACUCGGGAUCGCGACCAUGACCUCAAAGCCGACACAAACUGUGCCAAACACCUCUCAGGUGGCUGGUGGUUCAGCACCUGCGGCCAUGCCAACCUCAACGGGAAGUACUUCCGCUCCAUCCCGCGCCAGAGGCACGAGCGCAAGCAGGGCAUCUUCUGGAAGACAUGGAAAGGCAGGUACUACCCGCUGAAGUCAACCACCAUGAAAAUCCAACCCGCAGCACUGGAAGCAGGGCCCUAAAGCUGCCACUUGAGACUUUGACCUUCUCCGGAGCGCAGACCUGAGCUCCAUCAUUUAGUGUUUACAGAAAACAAACCCACCCUCCCCGGGAAUUGCCCCGAGGAGCGUUUCUCUUGGUUAGCAGCCAGUUAGCAGCACAACACAGCUCCUUGCUGCAAGUAAACCAGCU